AUCGACGGUGUACCCCCACACAGACUAACAGAUGUAUCCAAUAUAAGGAAGGAUAUGCCAGACAAGGAGCUAAGACCACUUUACCUUGAUGCUCAGUCGACCACUUCACUUGAUCCAAGAGUACUUGAUGCUAUGCUGCCAUAUUUUGUCAGUUACUACGGAAACCCACAUUCCAGAACACAUGCUUAUGGUUGGGAGACUGAGGCAGCUAUUGAAAAAGCUAGAAAGCAAGUUGCGGAUUGCAUUGGUGCUGAUCCAAGGGAGGUAAUCUUUACAAGUGGAGCAACAGAAUCAAACAACAUUUGUGUGAAGGGAACAGCACGCUUUUAUAAGAGCAAGAAAAAACAUGUGAUAACAACACAGACAGAACAUAAAUGUGUGUUGGAUUCAUGCCGAGCGCUGGAAGGAGAAGGGUUUGAAAUUACGUACCUGCCUGUUCAGAAAAAUGGACUAAUUGACUUGCAGGAGCUUGAGGGUUCAAUGAGACCAGAUACAGUGUUGGUAUCUGUGAUGACGGUGAACAAUGAAAUAGGUGUUAGACAACCUGUAGAGGAAAUAGGAGCAUUAUGUCGGUCCAAGAAGAUAUUUUUCCACACAGAUGCGGCACAAGCUGUCGGCAAGAUCCCAUUGGAUGUGAACAAAAUGAAUAUUGAUCUGAUGUCAAUCAGUGGUCAUAAAAUAUACGGUCCGAAAGGUAUUGGAGCCAUGUAUGUUAGAAGGAGACCUCGUGUACGUCUUGAUGCCCCAAUGAGUGGUGGAGGCCAGGAGAGAGGCAUGCGAAGUGGUACAUUACCUGCACCACUGUGUGUGGGUAUAGGAGCUGCCUGUGAUCUUGCUAUGCAAGAAAUGGAGUAUGAUCACAGACGUAUAUCAUCACUCUCACAGCGAUUGAUUGACAGAAUAACAGAAAAAGUCCCACAUGUGAUACGAAAUGGAGAUCCUGAAAAAACAUAUCCGGGCUGUGUGAACUUGUCUUUCGCAUUUGUGGAGGGUGAAAGUCUGUUGAUGGCAUUGAAAGACAUAGCUCUCUCGUCGGGAAGUGCGUGUACCUCUGCAUCACUAGAACCAUCCUAUGUUUUACGUGCAAUUGGUGCGGAUGAAGAUUUAGCACAUUCUUCUAUAAGGUUUGGUAUUGGAAGAUUUACAACCCAGGAAGAAAUUGAUUAUACAGCAGAUAAAUGUAUUGAGCAUGUCACCAGAUUGAGAGAAAUGAGUCCUCUAUGGGAAAUGGUCCAGGAAGGGGUCGAUCUGAAAACAAUUAAAUGGUCACAACACUAGAGAAAACACCUACAUGAUAAGCUUGAAGAAAUAUGCGGAGACUAAAUGUGAUUGAGACAAGCCUAGUCCUUGUUUAUUAGUGGUUGAUAGUCACAUCUUGGAUAACAUCAUUUGUGUACCAGUCAAGUCAUAAUUGCAUGUCAGUCUACUGCUGGAGUACCAGUCAUGGUGAAAAUUGUAUACCAGUCAAGAUGACUGUAUUGCCAUGCUACCCUAGUUCCUGGAGCCUUGAUUAUAAAACUGACUUUAGGGACCAGUCAAAAUACCAUCUUGCCGUUGGUCAAUUUCAAACUUCAAGUCAGGAAGAAUCAGAUGCCGGAAGUUUUAAACUGAUCACCAAAGAAAGCGUUAUAAAUUACGACCAUGUUUUAAGCUCUAUUGAACUUUGUUCAUGAUGAGCUUUUAGUGUAGGUAAAUGGUCUGGCUUUCAUCCUACGCUCGUCUUUCAGCAUCAACACUUUUACAUCAUCAUCUCUGAAUCUACUGGUCAGAAUUACACCAAUCUUGGAGUGAAGAAUCUUGGAGUGAACUUCUCUCAGAUUCAUUUAAAUUGUUCUUGUUUGCCCCUUUUAUGGGCCACCAGAGCUAAAAAUAGAAAAUUCUUAUAGUUAUAUGACUGCUUCUCAUAAACAGCCUGAAAGAUCUUUUUAGCUCGACUUUUCGAAGAAAAAGUAGAGCUAUUGUGCUCGCCCUGGUGUUGGCAUCGGCAUCGCCGUCAGCGUCGGUAUUGCCGUUGGUUAAAGUUUUUGAUAAAGUCAAAUAUCUGUGUUACUAUCAAAGCUAUUGACUUGAAACUUAAAUUACUUAUUUAUCAUCAAAGUCUACACCAGGAGAAAUAAUAAACUCUGAUUUGAAUUUUGACAGAACUAUGCCCCUUUUUAACUAGAAUAUGUUGUUAAAAUUUUUGAUAAAGUCAGAUAUCUCUGUUACUAUUAAAGCUUUUGACUUGAAACUCAAAAUAGUUAUUUACUAUCAAAAUCUCUGGCUGAAAACAAGAAAAAGAGAGUUGUUCUGACCCUAGAGGAGAAGAUAACAGCCAUUAAAAAACUUGAUCAGGGCACUCCCGCAUACAAAAAUAGCAACAGAAACUUGGGGUCGGCAAAACACAGAUUCAGUCGUUACGAAAAAGGAAACAUGAACUCAUUGCGAACUUCAAAAAUAAUGUGCCCGGACAGUCAAAACGACGCCGUUAUUAUUUUACAUUUUAGAUUAAUGUAAACUAAAAACUGUUAAAACCCACCAAUACACAUUAUAACACUAAAAUACCUACAUAUUCAUAAAGAUUGUAAUUUAUUUAUUUAUUUAUUUGGGUUUUACAGCACACCAACACAGUAUAGGUUAUAUGGCGCCAAACAGGACUACAAAUUUUGGUUCCACAUCUCAUUUACAUCGAAAUAAAAACAUGAGGUAUGGAAUCAAAAUUUGCAUACCUGCUGGAAUCACAGAGUUACUGCAAAACCAAGUGUUAAGACCCUGUUAGUCGCCUCUUACGAUCAUGCAAGGGUAAGACAGUGAUUCCAAUUCUUUUCAUACAAAGAUCGUCCCAGAACCACAUGGGGCCAUAAAGAUUAUAAAGAAACGAGUUAAAAGCAAUAAUUGUUCUUAAUAAAAUGCAAUUAAGACCUGUGAUGUCAUAAAAUAUGAAAAAAUACAAAUGUCAUUUAAUUAAGAACAAUUAUCGCUUUUAAAAACACUUUAAUCUAAAAUGUGAAAUAAUGAAAUGUUAUAUAAAUGCAUUAAAAUGUAUAUAGAUAACAUUGUAUUAAUCAUUACUCCUUCAUACUGUAAAAUACCUUGGUACACAAUAAGUAAACAAUAAGUAUUAUUUAAGUGCAGAAAAAUUUGCAUUAUAUUUUGAGACUGUUUUUAAAGACUCCCUGUCAUAUGUGACCUUUUCCUUAGGGUCCCGAUGAAAGUCACAUAUGACAGUCUCGACUGUACUAUUAAAGUUUUUGACUUGAAACUCAAAGUAGUUAUUUACUAUCAAAGUCUACACCAGGAGACACAAUUCCCAUAACUCUGAUUUAAAUUUUGACAGAGUUAUGUCCCUUUUUAACUUGGAUUAUUUUUUACCAGCAAAGCUCUAAUUCAGAUUCAAGCACUGAGAAAAGUCGAGCGCGCUGUCUUGUGGACAGCUCUUGUUUAAAUUUGGUCUGAAGCAUGCUUGUAUGGACCUUUCUCAAUUUCAUUCACAUGUUUCUGCUUCACUGCAAGUAGAGUCCGCCAGAGCUAAAAAAGUGAAAAAGGUCGUUAAACAACUUCUUUCAUGAACCAUACACAAAACUUAGAUCUGUAGCACCCUUGGAUGGACCUCCCUCAAGUUUUUUUACAACAAAAAAUUGAGAAAAACUCUAGAUAACUUCCAGUGAAGCUGCUGGAUAAAUGUUCACUUUAUUUGGUCAGAAGCAAGGUCAGAUAGUCCCAAGUCCUUAGUUGAAUGAGCGGUUAAGGCCCACAUGGGCCUCUUUUUUUUAAAGCACAUACUUGUGCUGAUAUUAUAUUUUUGAGCUUAUUGUAAGCUUAUAUGUCUUUUUAGCUCACCUGUCAUGUAGUGACAAGGUGAGCUUUUGUGAUCGCCCGACCGUCGAUCCAUAAUUUCUUGUGAACAUGACAGAGACCACAUUUUGCAAUCGAUUUUAAUCAAACUUGCACACAAAUUGUAUUGGCAUAAGAUCUCACUUCCUUUCGAAAACUGGCUAGAUUCCAUCAUGGGCUCUUGUUACUGCUCCUAAAGGGGCAAAAUUUUUCUAUUUAGGCCCUUUCAGCCAUAUAUAGGUUUCAUUUAUGCUUUGAUUUGAUUCAAACAUGCACAGAAUUUUUUAUCUUGAUGAUAUGUAGGCCAAGUUAGAAACUGGGUCCUGUGGGAUCGAAAACUAGUUCACUAGGUCAAAUCAAAGGAAAAUCUUGUUAACACCCUAGAGGCCACAUUUAUGACCCUAUCUUCAUGAAACAUGGUCAGAAUGUUUAUCUUGGUGAUUCCUAUGCAAAGUUCAAAACUGGGUCAUAUGGGGUCAAAAACUAGGUCACCCAGUCAAAUCAAAGGAAAAGCUUGUUAACACUCUUGAGGCCACAUUUAUGACCCUAUCUUCAUGAAACUUAGUCAGAAUAUUUACCUUAAUGAUUCCUAGGCCAAAUGUGAAACUGGGUCCUGUGUUGACAAAAACUAGGUCAUCCGCUUAAAUCAAAGGAAAAGCUUGUUAACACUGUAGAGGCCAUAUUUAUGACCCUAUCUUCAUGAAACUUAGUCAGAAUAUUUAUCUUGAUGAAUCCAAGGCCAAGUUUAUUAGGUGAGCGACAUAGGGUAUAAGGUCAUCAUGACCCUCUUGUUUUACUAUACAAAUAACAUUUAAGUUUUGUAUUUAUUAAGUAUAUAAGUAUUUUUGGCUUUUCUCCUCAGAUUUUCCACAUUAGUCAUAUAUAUUUGAUUCAAGAAGCUUGAAGUAAUAUUUUUGUUAAGCUUUUUGGUGUAAUAUUUACUUUUUUUUUGGAAAACUUGAGAUAAUUUCAAAAUAAAACAUCAUUGAUGUACCAAUCCUUGAAACUCUUAGUUGGUUCCAAAGCUCACAUAAGCUGAUGUUGUACUUGUUGCUAUCUUGCCAACUUCAAUUAGCUUUCUGUCCAAUUCUCUUAUCACAUUUGCUGUAUAUUAUUCAUGUAAUGACUUACAAAUAAAAUAUGUUUAAACCAACAUCAACCUUUACCCUGCUAAAUUUCUAAAAGGGACUGGUCCAUCAUUCAAUUUGGGCAAUACCAUUUAUUAUUUGAAGGGGUGUUCACUGAAAAUUUUCUGACUGAAUAGCAAACAGUGCAUACCAUGAUCAGCCUGCAUGGAUGUGCAGGCUUAUCUUUGCCUGCACUGGUCGCAAAGGCAGAAUCUCUUGCUGCCAGCAGGCUAAAGGUUAAAUAAAUCAUAUUUUAUCUUAAUCUCUUGCUGUAUGGUAACAAAAAAGUUGUGUAUACUGAGCAGCUUACUGACAAAUGUGAGAUUGAAUUAUUUGGACAGGUUUAAACAUGAUAUAUCUUUGUAAACACAUACAUGCAUAUGUUUAAAUAGUCUUAUACCAAUGAAGAAAUGCUAUACAAGAACGUUUUAAUUCUUAAGCAGUAUAGAAAUCUGAAGUUUUUUGUUAUCUUAAAAAAUCAAAUGUUAGUAAUUUAGAAUGUUUACUCUAGUAAAGAAUUGCUAUCCUU